AUGGGGCUGGCUUUUGACAGUCGGACCAGCAAGCUGUCGUCUCGAGCAGUUGUCUUGCGCGGUCUGCCCAACCUGGCUGCAGCCUGUGAUUUUGAAUCACCAUGUUCCUGGACCCUGUCCAAUCACAGUGCUGGAGGGGACUGGCAUGUCACAUCGCCGGAGCAACUGAGGGCGAGCAUGGAGACUGUGUGGCCGGCCACUGAUCACUCUAUUGGAGGCACUGAUGGCCACUUCUUGAGCUUAAUGGCCACAGCAGGCAAGGAUUCAGGGAGCUGUGAGGUCUCCCUCUCCAGUCCGGUACUCUCCAACAGCGGGCCACUGUGCCACCUGCAGCUGGCUCGGUUUCAGCCAGAGUAUGGCCAAGGGAACCUGUCUGUCCACAUCAGACUGCUCGAAUCUGCCUCAGUCAUCAGUUCACCAGUGCUCAGCCAUCUGGACCAGGAUGUUGCCAGGGAACAAUGGGAGGUGCUUGAAGCACAGAUUGGGCAGUUUGAGGAGCCCUUUCAGGUGUCACUGCUCUACUCCUUCUGUGGGGAGGAUGGUAGGGUCACAUUGGCAAUUGAUUCUCUAGAGCUGAACAACUGCAACAUGGAUUCGAUGCCUCUGGGGUCCCACUGCUCGUUUGAGUAUGGCCUGUGUGGAUGGUCAGUGUCUGGUCACCCCUCCCCUUGGACACUGGUCAGUGGCAAGGAUUUGGCCUCCACUGAGGAGAUACUGGGCUCAACUCUGCAGAAAACUGAAGGUCACUUCCUGCUCCUGAGGGUGAGGUCCACUGAAACAGGAGGAGUGGCUCUGGCUCAGAGCCCCCCUCUCCCAGCAACAGUCGGUAGUGGGGACUGUCAGGUGCAGUUCUUCCUUUACAUGUUUGGUGAGUUUAACGGCACAGUGUCACUGUCAAUAGAGGAGAAUGGGACAACUGCAGCCCCUUUAGUGUGGGAAAGGUCGGGAAGCUUGAAGGACAGCUGGCUGGAUGUUACCCUUCUACCAGACUUUCUGAACAGCUUUCACUUGACCCUGAGUGCCCUGUGGGGGAGCAAUUCAAAUGCAGACAUCGCUGUGGAUCAGAUUGCCCUCUCAACAUCCUGCUAUGACACAGAUCAAGACCCAGUGUUCCUGAGACACAGAUUCUUCCAUGACAUGGAUGACAGUGAUGACUUGGACUUCUUCAGCCCUCUCCAAGACCCCUCUGUAUCAGAGGUGUCCCUCUUGACCUGGUGGUUCACCUCAUGUGGUGCCAGUGGUCCUCGGGGGCCCACACAGGCCCAGUGUGACAAUGCCUACCGCAACACCAAUGUCAGCGUCACUGUGGGCAAAGAUGGGCCAUUCAAGGGCGUACAGUUGUGGAGGGUGCCCGCAACCAACCAUUACAUGAUCUCUGCCUAUGGGGCUGCGGGGGGAAAAGGAGCCAAGAACCACAACAAACGGUCCCACGGGGUCUUCAUCUCAGCCAUCUUUCCCCUGGAGAAGGGGGAUAUCCUCUACAUUUUGGUUGGGCACCAGGGUGAAGAUGCCUGUCCAGGGAGGAAUGCCGUGACUCAGCAGAUUUGCUUGGGGGAGUCUUCAGUGAUCGAGGAUGGACUUCGGACAGCGGAGUGGGCUGGGGGGGGAGGAGGUGGGGGUGGAGCCACUUAUAUCUAUCGGCUGGAGGACGGGGUCAUGGUACCCCUCCUGAUCGCCGCAGGUGGAGGGGGAAAAGCAUAUUUAGAAGACCCGGAGAGCAGUCAGGACCACAUUCCCCUGGAGCUGUAUGAGAAUGACACAGAUGCCGCAGGCACCAACGGCAAGACCGUUAUGGCAGGUGGGGGUGGUGGGUGGAGUGAUAGGUCCAGUACUCCUUGGGCUGGGAAGUCUCUUCUGGAGGGGGCAGAUGGGGGGUCCUCCUGCCCCCAGGCACAGUCCCGACUGGGCUGGUCCACCUACGGCGGGUUCGGAGGGGGUGGUGGAGCCUGCACUGCUGGAGGAGGUGGUGGUGGAUACAGAGGUGGUGACACUGCUGACACAGAUGACCUCACAGCAGAUGGACAGGCUGGGAUUUCCUUUGUGCACCCCAUGGGAGAAAUAUUCCUGCAGCCAUUGGCUGCCAUGGAGAGUCAUGGAGAGGCUGAGAUCAAGGUCCAGCUAAACUGUACUCACUGUCAGUCUCAGAGCUGCAAACGAGAUGAGGACACCAAGCUGAUCCUCUGCCUCUGCCACGAUGGAAAGGAGCUAGCAGGGGACAAUGUCACCUGCACAGAUCCCAGAGGCCCCGCCCCUGAUGGCCAGCUCUCCCUGCCACUCAUCCUGGCUGUGGUGGCGACGACAUUGGUGAUGGGCGUGGUCCUGACCUGCGUCAGCCUCAUGCUCAUCUACUACCGGAAGAAGAACCAGCUGCAUGCAGCAAGAGUACGUCUGCAGAGUCCAGAGUACAAGCUGAGCAAGAUUCGGACCUCCACUAUCAUGACUGAUUACAACCCCAACUACUGCUUUGCUGGCAAGGUGGCCUCAAUGAGCGAGUUGAAGGAUAUUCCCCGCAGGAACAUUACUCUACUCAGGGCCCUUGGUCAUGGUGCAUUUGGGGAGGUGUAUGAAGGCCAAGUCCUUGGCAUUACUGAAGAAAAUUCAGCUCUGCAGGUUGCCGUCAAGACUCUCCCUGAAAUCUGCUCAGAACAGGAUGAGAUGGACUUCCUGAUGGAGGCUUUAAUUAUGAGUAAGUUCAGCCACCAGAAUAUAGUGCGGUGCAUUGGGGUGAGCCUGCAGAUCCUCCCCCGAUUUAUCCUGCUGGAGCUCAUGACUGGAGGUGACCUGAAGAGCUUCCUCAGACAGAACCGGCCUAGAGUCGGCCAAGCCUCCUCCCUCUCCAUGCUGGACCUUCUGCAGAUGGCUCAGAAUAUCGCCCUUGGCUGCCGUUACCUGGAGGAAAACCACUUCAUCCACAGGGACAUUGCUGCUCGCAACUGCCUCCUCACCUGCCCUGGGCCUGGAAGAGUGGCAAAGAUUGGAGACUUUGGGAUGGCUCGUGAUAUAUACAGGGCAAGUUAUUACCGGAAGGGAGGGCGUGCCAUGCUCCCAGUCAAGUGGAUGCCACCAGAGGCCUUCCUGGAGGGCAUUUUCACCUGCAAGACUGACACCUGGUCAUUCGGAGUACUACUGUGGGAGAUAUUUUCAUUAGGCUACAUGCCCUACCCCUGCAAGACCAACCAGGAAGUGCUGGAGUUUGUGACGAGUGGAGGAAGAAUGGACCCCCCAAAGAGCUGCCCAGGGCCUGUGUAUCGCAUCAUGACCCAGUGCUGGCAGCACUGUCCAGAGCAUCGACCCAACUUCUCUACCAUUCUAGAAAGAAUCAACUACUGCACUCAGGACCCUGAUGUCAUCACCACACCCCUGCCUGUGGAAUGUGGCCCAGUGCUGGAGGAGGAGGGGUUCACAGUGACCCGGCCUGAGGGGUCGGACAACCUGCUGUCACUGUCUCCGGAGACACCCCCUCAGCCUGCCAGCCCUGCUGCUGUCCCUAAAGUACACAGGCCCCACCUGCAGCCUCCCCAGGACCCCGCUGUUCAUAGGGAGGGUCCAGAGACUGCCUGGGCAGAAGCAGCUCCGCCCCAAGGGCUUUGUCCUGGGCCGUGGCUCAGCCAAGAUCCCCCGGCCUGCCCUGCGGCCCCACCCGCCUCCUGCAGCCAGAAGCUGAAGAACAAGACCAAGAAUCUGUGGAACCCCACCUACGGAUCAUGGAUGCUGGAGAGUUUGGGGCGGGCCAAGAAACCGCUGUCCCAGACGCAGUCCAUGCCCCUCUCCACCGCCUCGUCAGCUUCCACCGUCCCAGAGCACGAAGGCUUCGGAUCAGAUGGCAACAGCAGCUCCCCGCCCCUGAACUCCCUGGCCUGCCCAGGUGUUCCGUCCUCCCUGCUCCCCUGCGGUCCUCAGGGUCCCGCCAGCCUGUUGUCUCCCAAGGCACCCCCAGAGGUUUCGGGGGGGUCCAAUGCCGGGGCAGACCUGGCUAAGCUUCACAGCUUCCCCUGCGGCAACGUCAACUACGCCUAUGAUGAGCACAGCUAUGAGGCCGAGAGCCUUCCCCUGGUGGCCAAAGCCCCCAAGUCUAGCACUAGUGCAAGUUCUGUCCCGUCCACCUCAGGGGCUGGUCUGGGCAACAGGGCCACCGGCUUCUCCAAACCGCUGGUGAAACGGCAUGCCAGCUAUGGCCAUGAGGACGUCAAGCGGCAUUGCAGGCUGGAGAAACAGUGCCGUGACCGGGAUUCAGGCUUCUCUCUUUCUGAGGACCUGAGCGUCACACCCAUCUAG